AUGGUGAAACAAGGAGAUUUGGCUAAGAAGGUGGUGAAAAAGGCUUCAAAAGUUACCUCACCUGUUGAACAUUACAAAUGCAUUCCUUCAAGUUUAAAAACUGCCGAUGGGUAAGUUAAUAUUUAUGAUUUUUUUUCAUUUAGACAGCACUGAUUGCUUGAUAUUUUGAACAAAGGUCGUUUUGAUAGAGAUUUUGGUUUGUCAUUGUAACAGUAAUUGUUUAAUUUUAGUGAAAACCUAAACCUUGAAUUUUACUGGGCCACACAUUUGAACGAAGCUCAAUGCACUUGGAUCUUUGAGUUGUUCGACAAGAACAUGGAGGAAAUGUACAGAAAAUCUGAAUGGGGCUAUGAAGAAAACUCGAAAAAGGCCGAGCUAUUUGCCACAACAUCCAGAUAUAUUAUUGUAAAGUCUGCCGCAGGAAAACACAUUGCUUACAUGCAUUAUCGUUUCGUUAUUGAGGUUGAAGAGCCAGUGUUAUAUGUGUACGAACUUCAAGUUGAUCAAAGCUAUCAGAACAAAGGAGUCGGAUCAUUGUUGUUGAAUAUUGCUCAGCAAGUCGCUUUGAAGUGAGUCUAAGUUUUACUUAAUACGUUAUGUUAGUCAAAAAGCUUUUAAUUUUAUUGUAGUCAACACGAUUUUUGAUGGAAUUUUAGGUUUGCUGCAAUAAUUUUGUUUAUUUUUUGUACUGAAUUUUAUCUGAUCUUAACUAAAAAUAUAUUCUCUCCCCCCCCCCGUUUUUUAAAUUAGUUUUUUUAUAAAUAGCAAGUUUUUGAUGAUAUUAUUUUAGGGCUGGCAUGAAGAAGGUGUUUGCGACUGUCUUCACUUACAACACAAACUCAUUGGCAUUCUUCCGAAAGCACAAAUUUGAAAAUGAUGAAAACUAUCCGGAUGUGGAGAAAGAACACGACUAUUUUAUUUUGAGCAAAAAGUUGGUUGCCUGUGAAUAA